AAAAAAAAAAAAAAAGAAAAAGAAAAAAAGGAAAAAGACUAGAAGAUCGAGUCCGAAACCUCUCUCCCUGCUCUCAGGGAAAGGAGUUCAUAGGAUACUAGGAGAGUUAACUACCAGUAUCUAAAGUGGAAGGAGACUAGGAGAGUUUUUCGGUUUGAUGUUAUUUCACCUUCCAUUCUCAAUCGAUUUCACUCCCAAUCCCUAACCCCAAAAAUAGAACCCAAACGAAGGAUUCCUUCUUCAAUCGAUCUUUCUGUGUUUUUUUUUGGGUUCGUCUUGUAUUGUGGCACAAGGGUUUCGUCUUCGAGCAAUCGAGUUUGAGGAAUUCUAGGUUUCUGGGUGUAAAUUUGAUUUCGGGAUAUAUGGAUUCAGAUCAGGAUGAUGUGUAUGAAGAUGGAGAUUAUAGGGAAAUAUAUUCAGGGGAUGAUGAUGAUGAUGUGUUUGAUGAUGGGGAUUUUCUUGAUUCUAAUGUCAAGAAUUCGCAACCACAGCAGCAGCAGCCGAGCUACAUCAUAUUGAGAGAGGUAGAUAUUCUUCGACGCCAAGAAGAAGAUAUUACAACCGUAUCUACUAUUCUUUCAAUAUCAAGAGCUUGGUCAAUUCUCCUUCUUUGUCACUAUGAUUGGUGUAUCAGUAAAGUUCAAGAUGCAUGGUUCACAGACGAGGAAAAAGUACGCAAAUCUGUUGGUUUGUUAGAGAAACCAGUGGUAGUUCUUGAAAUCCCAGAAAAUGUUAAUAGAGAAUUCACUUGUGAAAUCUGUUUUGAAAUAUUUUCUUUUGAUAAGAUGACUUCCUCUGUUUGUGGCCAUCUCUAUUGUGUUUCAUGUUUGACAUGUUAUAUUAGUACAUCAAUUAAUGAUGGUCCAGGAUGUUUGAUGCUUCGAUGCCCUGAACCAUCUUGCAGUGUUGCUAUUGAUCAAGACUUGAUUGAUCAAUUGAUUUCCGACGAAAACAAGGAGAAGUUUUCGCGGUAUCUUCUUCGAUCUUAUAUCGAAACUAAUAGGAAAGCCAAAUGGUGUCCUGCUCCAGAAUGUGUAUAUGCUAUAGAGUUUGAUCAUGGUCAGGUUGGUAGUACUACUAAGAGUGCUACUUAUGAUGUUAAUUGCCUCUGCUCAUAUAGUUUUUGCUGGAAUUGUACUGAGGAAGUUCACAGGCCGGUGGACUGUGAGACUGUGGCUAAGUGGUUGUUGAAGCAUAGUUGUGAAGCUGAAAAUGUGACUUACAUAUUAGCUUAUACUAAACCAUGUCCCAAGUGCAAAAGGCCAAUUGAGAAGAAUCAAGGAUGUAAUCAUAUGACUUGCAGUGCUCCUUGUAAAUUUCAGUUUUGCUGGAUAUGCCUUCAUCCAUGGUCAGAUCAUCAGCGUACGACAUGUAAUGCUUAUGAUUCUGCAGGAAAGGAAGAUGGAGAUGAUAAGAAACGGAAGAAGGCUAGAAAGUAUUUGGAGAAAUAUACUCAUUACUAUGAAAGAUGGGCAGUCAAUGAGUCGUCGAGGCAAAAGGCUAAGGCAGAUUUACGCGAAUUGCAAACUACUAAGCUUGACAUUCUGAGGGCUAAUCAGACUGAAACUUUGUGGAAGCUGGAAUUCAUAAGGGAGGCAUGGAUACAGAUAGUUGAAUGUAGGAGGGUGUUGAAGUGGACUUAUGCCUAUGGAUAUUAUCUUCCUGAGGAGGAACAUGGUAAGAGACAGUUAUUUGAGUACUUGCAAGGCCAAGCUGAGACUGGGUUAGAAAGACUUCAUCAUUGUGUGGAGAAGGAAUUACAGAUUUACAUUGAGGCUGAAGGUCCAUUAAUGGUUCCAGGCUUUGAAGAGUUUCGGAUAAAGCUGGUUGAACUUACCAAUGUGACGCGAAAUUACUUUGAGAACUUGGUCCAAGCAUUGGAGAAUGGCCUCUCAGAUGUUGAGAGCCAUGGCAAAAGCAGCAGGAAAGGAAGGAUGAGGAAGAGCUUGGAAGGUGGUGAAGAUGGGCAUACAAUGGAAGAGCAAUAACCAAUGACACUGGUAAUCCUUCCUAUGCAAAAAGAAACUUCUGUACUGAUUUCUUUCUUGAAUGUGCCAUGGGCACAUAACAUUAUUAUUAUUAUUAUUUGUUGCAAGCACAUGACAUUGUAGCUAGCUGCUCCCUAACUUUUAAGAUAUGUCAGUUAUCUAUUCAAUAUGGUAAUGCAACUUUUUUUUGCGAAAA